UCUUAGUCUCUGCUGUGCGGCUGUGCGGGUGAGGAGAAGGCAAAUGCUCUCGAGAUUCGUCUUCAAUCCAGGAUUCAGGUACUUCUUCAAAACCCUAGUUUCGUAGUUCUCAGUUACAGAAAGAAAUACAUCGAGUUAUCACAUCGCCAGACAAGCAAAAGCAUGGUGUUCAUCAAGUCCGUAGACAACAAAACCCUAGUUCUAGAUCUAGACCCCAACACGACCUCACUCCAUGCCCUACACCGCCAAAUCGAGCACAAAUCAGGCGUUCCGGUGAGCCUGCAACGCCUGUUCUUAUCCUCUCGAAGGUUAAUCGCCGGGGACGGAGCAACAUCGAUUUCCGGCCUAGGCGUGGGGCCCAAUUCGACCCUUGCCCUACACAUACCGCUUUACGGAGGGAUGCAAGCCCCGGUACCGCCGAAGACUAGGUUGGAUUUCCUCAACACGAAGCCCCCGGCAAAUUACGUGGCCGGAUUGGGGCGUGGUGCCACCGGGUUCACGACCCGGUCGGAUAUUGGUCCGGCCCGUGCUGCUCCUGAUCUCCCGGACCGGUCGGCCACCACUAUUGGCGGUGCGGGGGUGGGUCGUGGGAGGGGGAAAGGUCCUGGUGAGGAAGAGGAAGAGGAGGAGGGCGAUGAUAAGGGAUAUGAUGAGAAUCAGAAGUUUGAUGAGUUUGAGGGCAAUGAUGUCGGGUUGUUUGCAUCGGCAGAGUAUGAUGAGGAUGAUAAGGAGGCUGAUGCAGUGUGGGAGGCUAUUGAUAAGAGAAUGGAUUCAAGGAGGAAGGAUAGGAGGGAGGCCAGGUUGAAGCAGGAGAUUGAAAAGUAUCGAGCUUCUAACCCAAAGAUUACGGAGCAGUUUGCUGAUUUGAAAAGGAAGUUGUAUACAUUGUCUGUGCAGGAGUGGGAUAGUAUUCCUGAAAUCGGUGAUUAUUCCUUGAGGAAUAAGAAGAAGAGGUUUGAGAGUUUCGUGCCUGUUCCUGAUACUCUUCUUGAGAAGGCUCGGCAAGAAAAAGAACAUGUUACAGCAUUGGAUCCAAAGAGUAGAGCAGUAGGAGGAACAGAGACUCCUUGGGCACAGACACCAGUUACAGAUUUGACUGCAGUUGGUGAGGGCAGAGGGACUGUUCUGUCACUGAAGUUGGACAGGCUUUCAGAUUCUGUUUCGGGGUUAACUGUGGUUGAUCCGAAGGGGUACUUAACUGAUCUUAAAAGUAUGAAGAUUACUAGCGAUGCUGAGAUAUCAGAUAUUAAGAAGGCCAGGCUCUUGCUUAAGUCAGUUAUCCAGACAAAUCCAAAGCACCCACCAGGUUGGAUUGCUGCAGCAAGGUUGGAGGAAGUUGCAGGUAAGAUUCAAGUAGCAAGGCAGUUGAUAAAGAAAGGUUGUGAGGAGUGUCCCAAGAAUGAGGAUGUGUGGCUGGAGGCAUGUCGCUUGGCUAGCCCUGAUGAAGCAAAAGCUGUGAUAGCGAGAGGAGUGAAGGCAAUUCCCAACUCUGUGAAGUUGUGGAUGCAGGCUGCAAAGUUGGAGCACGAUGAUGCAAAUAAGAGUAGGGUCUUGAGGAAAGGUCUUGAACACAUACCUGAUUCUGUGAGGCUCUGGAAGGCUGUUGUGGAGCUUGCUAAUGAGGAGGAUGCCAGGCUUUUGCUGCAAAGGGCUGUGGAAUGCUGUCCUUUGCAUGUGGAGUUGUGGCUUGCUCUUGCGAGGUUGGAAACUUAUGACAAUGCAAAGAGGGUUCUCAAUAGGGCAAGGGAGAGGCUCCCGAAGGAGCCAGCGAUCUGGAUUACUGCUGCGAAAUUGGAAGAAGCUAAUGGUAAUACUGCUAUGGUUGGAAAAAUUAUAGAAAGGGGUAUUAGGGCUUUGCAAAGGGAAGGAGUGGUGAUUGACAGAGAAGCUUGGAUGAAAGAAGCUGAGGCUGCAGAGCGAGCAGGUUCUGUUGCCACUUGUCAGGCUAUUGUUAAUAACACCGUUGGGAUUGGAGUGGAGGAGGAAGAUCGGAAAAGAACUUGGGUUGCUGAUGCAGAGGAAUGCAAGAAAAGGGGUUCAAUUGAGACAGCCAGAGCAAUCUAUGCUCAUGCACUUACUGUUUUCUUAACCAAGAAGAGUAUUUGGCUAAAAGCAGCACAACUUGAAAAGAGUCACGGGACAAGGGAAUCCCUGGAUGCUCUACUUCGUAGAGCAGUAACUUACCGGCCACAGGCUGAAGUUCUGUGGUUGAUGGGUGCCAAAGAAAAGUGGCUUGCUGGUGAUGUGCCUGCAGCUCGAGCAAUUCUUAAAGAAGCUUAUGCUGCCAUUCCUAACUCAGAGGAGAUCUGGCUUGCUGCUUUCAAGCUUGAGUUUGAGAACCAUGAGCCUGAGAGAGCAAGAAUGCUUCUAGCUAAAGCUCGUGAAAGUGGAGGUACAGAGAGAGUAUGGAUGAAGUCUACCAUUGUUGAGAGGGAAUUAGGAAAUACCGAGGAGGAGAGGAGGAUACUUGAUGAGGGACUGAAGCGCUUCCCCUCAUUUUUCAAACUUUGGUUGAUGCUUGGGCAGUUGGAGGAACGCCUUGGGAACUUAGAACAGUCUAAGGAAGUUUAUGAGUCAGGUUUGAAGCACUGCCCUAGCUGUAUUCCCCUUUGGCUUUCCCUUGCUAACCUUGAAGAGAAGACAAAUGGUUUGAGUAAGGCUCGAGCAGUUAUGACAAUGGCCAGGAAGAAGAAUCCUCAGAACCCUGAACUCUGGCUUGCUGCAGUUCGGGCUGAAUCCAGGCAUGGCUACAAGAAGGAGGCAGAUAUUCUGAUGGCAAAGGCGUUGCAGGAAUGCCCCAAUAGUGGCAUUCUUUGGGCAGCUUCAAUUGAGAUGGUUCCUCGUCCACAACGAAAAACCAAGAGCAUAGAUGCACUCAAGAAAUGUGACCAUGAUCCGCAUGUCAUUGCUGCAGUAGCUAAACUAUUUUGGCAUGAUAGGAAGGUAGACAAAGCAAGAAGUUGGCUUAACAGGGCUGUGACUCUAGCGCCAGACAUAGGGGAUUUCUGGGCAUUAUACCAUAAAUUUGAACUUCAACAUGGAACAGAGGAGAACCAAAGGGAUGUUUUGAAGAGAUGUAUUGCUGCUGAACCCAAGCAUGGUGAGAAAUGGCAAGCAAUAGCCAAGGCAGUGGAGAAUUCUCAUCAGCCAACAGAAGCUAUUUUGAAGAAAGUAGUUGUUGCGCUUGGAAAGGAAGAGAGUGCUGCUGAGAAUAGCAAACAAUAGUUACUGGUACUAUUGCAACCUUCAUCCAUUUAUUUGAGCGAAACAAGAAACAAGAAAUGUACUGUCAUUAGAAAAAAGUCUUGUCUGAUAAUGUUUUCUGUAACGUGUGAUUUCUCAUCAAAAUAGUAAAAUUUUAGUUUUGGUGUCAAAACCAUAAAUGACGUCCAAAUAUUUUUAGUAAAUUGGUUCUAUGUUUCGAUGUAAAAUAUUUUGUUUAAAUGAUAUGUUCCUCGAGCUUACGUGUUCAAUUUGGUUUCAAUGGGAAUGUUCUUUUGAUCUAGAGGGUGAUAAUUUGUUUAUUCAUCAUUCAGACCACUCAUUUUCGUUACUUGUCAAGAAACAAGUCCAUUGUCUGUCGCAAAAUUAUGCUCAAUCUCAUAUGUGGCACUGGCAAAAUAAAUAAACUUCCUCCUUGUAGUUCUCUGUA